AUGUCAAAGAUCAGAGCACCGUCGAGAAUACUCCUGGACCAGAUCCUGACUCCAAAGGCGUAUACCUCCCUGCGAAAGACCUCAGGCCAGCGCAUUGUGCCGCUCGACGCUACGUGGUAUCUGCCCAACGCCGGCCGCAAUGGCAAGGAAGAGUUCCUCGCCGAGCGACUGCCCGGUGCUCGGUUUUUCGACAUAGACGAGGUCAAGGAUGCCAAUUCCCGCUUUCCUCACAUGCUUCCGAGCGUGGAGGUGUUUAACAAGGCAAUGUCUGAUCUCGGUCUCUCUCGAGAGGAUAUCCUGGUGGUCUAUGACAAGCAGGGAAACUUCUCCGCCCCACGUCUGCUGUGGACGCUCAAAGUGUUCCAGCAUCCGUCCGCGUACAUUCUCGACAACUACCCCGCCUACAAAUCAGCCGGACUUGAGCUCGACACCACAAAGCUUGCCUCUGUCGAAGAUGCCGUGACCGAAAAGGGAUCAUACGAAUCGCCAGGACUGCAGGAGGAGAAAGUCGUGGGUUUUACCGAUCUCAAGCAGGUUGUUAUCGAGCCGCUAUUUAGACAAAAGUUCAACAUCAUCGACGCUCGACCUCAUGGCCGGUUUACCGGAGAAGACCCCGAGCCCAGACCUGGUUUACCCUCCGGACACAUCCCUGACGCGAUCUCGAUCCCGUUCAACGAGGUUCUCGACGCGGAAACCAAAGAGUUUAAAGAUCCCCAGGCACUUGCGGACUUGUUUCUCAGCAAGGGAGUGGACCCUGAUAAGACUACCAUCGCAAUGUGCGGCACAGGUGUCACCGCGUGCGUGCUCGAGACUGCAUUGAACAGAGCCGGGUUGGUGAGCUCGGAUAAGUCGAUCAUUGUCUAUGACGGCAGCUGGACCGAGUGGGCACAGAGAACCGGCGGCAAGUACAUUGUUUCAGGCGAGAAGUAA